CGCCGUUUGUCCCCGCGGCGCCGCCGUAGCCGCCGCCUCUUCCCCCCGCCCCGCCAGUGCCCGCAGCGCGCGCGGUCCGGUGUCGCGAGCGAGCGAGCGGCGCGCGCCCCCGCUGCCCGGUGCUUCCUUCCUUUCUUCUUCCUUCCUUCCUUCUUUCCUUCCUUCCUUCCUUCCUUCCUUCCCCGCCGCCAUGCUGCCUGCCGCCGCCGCCAUCCUCCGCCGUUGCACCGUCUCCGGCCUCCGAGCCGCCGUCCGCCGACCCGCAGCUGUACUGCCAGCCCGCUGCUACUCUCACGGGUCACAAGAAUCAGAUGAAGAAUUUGAUGCUCGCUGGGUGACGUAUUUCAACAAGCCAGAUAUUGAUGCCUGGGAGCUCAGGAAAGGCAUAAACACGCUUGUGGGUUAUGACCUUGUUCCGGAACCAAAAAUCAUCGAUGCGGCUCUGAGGGCGUGCAGACGGUUAAAUGAUUUUGCCAGUGCCGUCCGCAUCUUAGAAGUUGUAAAGGACAAGGCAGGACCUCACAAGGAAAUCUAUCCUUACGUUAUCCAGGAACUUAGACCAACUUUGAGUGAACUGGGAAUCUCCACUCCGGAGGAACUGGGCCUGGACAAAGCAUAAACUGUAUCGGUGCAGUACUCGAGCAUUUCGCUGAUGCUACCUGAUUGUACGCGGUCACCCGGAGACACAAACGUUUAAAAUAUUACCUUUUAUUUGCCAGAACUUCUUCCUUUAUUGAGUCACAAUGUAUGCGAUGCGAAGUUGGACCUAAUAAAGGAGAAAAAAAUGGUUUGACUGAG